AUGUCCCUGAGGGCCACCUCCCAUGGGGACCUGCAGGCGCUCUCUCUGGGGAAAACCCCGGUCUUGGACGGGGGGCUGUACAAGUCCUUCUCCCUGAGCAGCAGCAACAUGAAUGGCAGUGGCGUGCGCUUGGGGAAGGACGGAGGGAUGGAGGAGCUCAAGUCCAUCUCCAAGCCCUCUCUCACUAACCGCAGGCCUGUCCGCGCAGUCAGGCCGGUCAGCGCAGGGGGCACCUUCCUCCAGAUCAACCACCUGCAGGGGGAACUGGUCAGAAAGAGAAAGGAGUGUGAGGACCUGAGGAAGGAGAAUAAGUACCUGUCCAAUGAGAUCUACAUGGAGAGGAUCAUGAUGAGGACCGAGAACGAGCUGACCAUGAGGAACCUGCGCAACCUUAACCAGGAGCUACAGGCCCAGGUGAAAGAGCUGAAACAGAAGCUGCACCUGAGCCAGCAGAGGGCCACACUGUGCUCACGGGCAGCAGAGGACGCAGAGCUGAAGCGCGGAGAGGCAGAGAAGAGCCGGGCAGUGGCGGAGGCACGAGCCAUGGACAGCCGUCAGGAGAUGGACUUAGCACUGGACAACAGGGCCAAACUGAAUGACGAAAUCCAGCAGCUCAAAAAAGAGCACACAGAUGUCCAGCUGUUGUUAGCCAAAGCAGAGAAGAACUACUUUGAAACAAAGCUGAAGCUGGACAGAGUAUCCUCUGAGAAGCACGUUCUGCUGGAGGAGAACCGAGGACUGGAGGAGGAGAGGAACAAUCUGCGGCAUCGGCUGAAGGAACUCACAGAGGAGAAUGUGAAGAUCAAAGAGAAGGAGGUGAGCUCCAGACGCAGAGCUCUAGCUGCGGAGGAGCAGAGCGAGAGGUCCAGUAAAGCGCAGCAGGAGGCCGAGCAGGCCAGGCGGCUGGCGGAGAGGGAGCGGGACGAGUGCACCAGCGAGUGCCUGGGCUGGAGGGAGAAGCACCAGACGCUGGAGAACAUCCUCAAGGCUCAGGAGGACCUCAAGGCCCAGCGCCGAAACAAAGCAUGUCAGGCAAACAUUAAGAGCUACGUCUUAUGCAUGACUGAAAGUGACCAGAGGGUUAAAAUCCUGAAGAACUCAGAUGGUGCCCCAAGGAACUUUACGGAAGGAGAUCCUGUGUAUAUCUCCCCGCCAGAACCAGCCAGUGAUGACACAGAGACAAGCUCAUCAUCAAGGACCAUGUUCAGAGUGUCUGCACCUCGGGCAGGGAGGGACUCUGGUCCCUCUUACUUCAGUGACCUUUCACCCAUGGCAGCAGAAACUCCGUUGGACCCAUGGCCAGCUAGGAGGAGCAGGAAAGUGGUGGAAUACUUCUGGAUCCCCACGGAUGAGGAAUGACUUCAUCAGGAUUUGAAUUGAGAUGCUGGUUGAAUCAGUGUAGUAGGCUCUACUCAUGUGUAGAUUCUCAAAUGACUGCUAGAAAAAAAAUAAGUGAUCAAGUGUUUACCUUUAAUGAGUUAAGCAACAGUGGUGCACAAUUGAGCAUUUUAAAACAUCCUUACAGUUACAUGAUCUAAGCUAUUUAGAGUUUUACAGAAGCAAAGCUGUGCUCACAUCAGAGAAAGCCCCAUUGAUCGAGGACAAUGCACCUUCUCCUUCACUUGUCAAUUACAUUUCUUCUUGACAAGGGUAAAAGCCUUAAAAAAAGAAAUCUCUCCAGAUGUGCGUAGAGGUAGAGUUCCAAACCAAUUCAUCAUCUCAACAUUUUUUUUAAUUUGGUGAAUAAAUAGACAGGUUAAAAUGCUUAGUUUUGCCCAUUGUAAUGGGAAGCAGCCCAAGGCUUUUUGCAGGAUAUAUCAGAUUUACUUUACUGUCGUUAUUUAAGAAAAAAGGAAAAACAAAAUUGACAAAAAAAAAAGAAACAAAAUAGCAAAAUUCAAUACCUUACAAAAUACUGAGUGGAGAAAGGAGUGGGCGUGCCAA